CUGCCCUGAUUCACAAUCGCCAAUUCCUAUCAACCUUCACUUUCAAUAUCCGGAGGAGGUGUGAACAGCCAUGUCCCAACUACGACCAUUCGCCUCAGCAGCGCGGCUGCUGCGCAGUGCGUCGCACGCCCGCGCAACCAGCAUCCUCCCCGCCGCACGUCGCUAUGUGUACGACAGCUCGAGCGCAAAGACGACCGAAGUGUCGGCCAAGGGAGAGCAGGCGAAGAAGGAGCUGUCACCGAUGGCCACGCUACCGCGAAACGCGCCCGACUAUAACGUCCCCGUCGACAUGGCCACAUCAACCUUCACCCCGGUCCCCAAGCGCGUGCAAGACGGCAGCGAGGAGGGUAUUCUGCCUGCAGCUGUUAUCUCCGGCGCACCGAUCGAGCUCCAAGCAAGGACAGUCCGAAUCUUCAAGCCCAGCAAAGCCGCCUCGCAAUCAGGGGAGCACCUCAGUAAACGAUGGCGUAUGGACUGGGACGUGCUGCCCAAGGGCCACCGGUGGGAGAACCCGCUGAUGGGGUGGCAGUCGUCGGGCGACCACAUGCAGGCCGUGGGCCUGACGUUCAGGACCAAGGAGGAGGCCAUCGCCUUUGCCGAGAAGCAGGGCUACGAGUACUUUGUGCAGGAGCCCAACGAGCGCAAGUUUGUGCCCAAGGCCUACGCCAACAACUUCUUGUACUCGCCCGGCAAGCUCAAGCAUGUCCGGACCAAGUAGGCGGGCUUGACGUUUUGGGAGGUCGGUGAUGUACAUAGAAUGGCGAGGGCGAGACUCUGGUUUACACAAUGUUCAAGAAGUCGGGCUUUAUUGAUAGAACUCACGGCAUUUCCAUUCUAUUUGCGUAAGUGGAUACAGCGCCAGCAAUCCUCUCAUGCGACGGCCACGCGGCCAAUCACUGUAAGUAUCCAUUCCCGAUCAUCAUAACCAACAAGACUGUCACGCUAACGCCAUAAUGAUAUCUCCAUACCCAUCCUCCGGCAGUGACCAUCUCCCAGUCCCACCAGCGGUGCCGUUCCCAAACGCCCAACUACAGACCAUAACCUGAUCUCCCAAGCACCAUCACAAUAAGCCUCAUCCACUCAUGUCGUAAUCAUCGGCUCGUGGCCACUCUCACCGUACUCGGCGCCGUCAGCAUUCAGGCCGAGUUCAAUCGACUCAGGCAGGUCCUUCUUCUUGCCGCGCACCGACGUCUCGGCCCA